CGGGGCGGCCGCACCACCACGUGUUCAGGUGCGCACCACCACGUGUUCAGGUGCGCACCACCACGUGUUCAGGUGCGCACCACCACGUGUUCAGGUGCGCACCACCACGUGUUCAGGUGCGCACCACCACGUGUUCAGGCGCGCACCACCACGUGUUCAGGCGCGCACCACCACGUGUUCAGGCGCGCACCACCACGUGUUCAGGCGCGCACCACCACGUGUUCAGGCUCGCACCACCACGUGUUCAGGUUCGCACCACCACGUGUUCAGGCGCGCACCACCACGUGUUCAGGCGCGCACCACCACGUGUUCAGGCUCGCACCACCACGUGUUCAGGUUCGCGCCACCACGUGUUCAGGUGCGCGCCACCACGUGUUCAGGUGCGCACCACCACGUGUUCAGGUGCGCACCACCACGUGUUCAGGUGCGCACCACCACGUGUUCAGGUGCGCACCACCACGUGUUCAGGUGCGCACCACCACGUGUUCAGGUGCGCACCACCACGUGUUCAGGUGCGCACCACCACGUGUUCAGGUGCGCACCACCACGUGUUCAGGCAACUUGGCCAGGGGCAGCUGUGGGGGGUGGGGGGCUGCGCCUGUGCGCACGCUUCAAGAAGAGGGUCUCGCCGUGCGUAACAGCGGCGUGCGCGCAUUCGCAAAUCGUCGCGAUCAACGUCGUCGCCGUCACUUUCAUCGUCGACACUUUCGAUCGAUUCUUUGUUUUACGCGUCGGUUUUGUGUUUUUUUUCUCUCUGCUCAAGCGUAUCUCUCGUGUUUCGUUGGUUAUCAUCAUCAUCGUCGUCGUCGCCGUCGUCAUUAUCAUCGCCGAAUGGGUCGUCGUCAUUAUUAUUUGUCGUGUUCUUCGGAUCGAGCAGUGACCGCCCUCCCCCAUCGUCUGCCCUCGAUUCGCACCGUGGUUGUCCCGGAUCAGACAUCGCCACCCCGAGACAGAUCGCGACCCCCCCUUGCUCUGCCGAGUGAGUUAUCGAACACCCCUCCUCCUCCUCCCACCAACGUCGCUUCGCACGGCACCGUCACGACACACGCACGCCACGGGGGGAACGCGCGGCUCCUCCUCCUCCUCCAGCUUCCUCCUCCUCUCGAGCUUUCUCCUCCUCUCCCACCGCCACCACUACCAACACCACCACCACCUCCUCCUCCUCGCUGUGUAUAAUCCGUUCGGCCAUGAUCGGCGCCGGACACGCGAGUGCUUCAAAGAUGGCAGCGCCCUUCCUGAUUUGCGCCGUGUUCGCACUUUCUGUGUUGUGAGCCCCGCGCUCUGCCAGCCUCCUCCUCCUCUUUCCCUUCCCCUCCCCGCUCGCCCUCCCUGUUUGUGUCGGCCGCUGUGGCUGGAGCCCCCGGGGCUGGAAGGGAGGGGAGGGCCGCGCGACUCUCAACUGCGGACGCAGCAGCUCGUGAGGUUGCGAGCGCCGCCGCGCACUCAACUCGCUGCGUGCGGCGGCGACGACGACGAGGAGGAGGAGGGGGGUGGUGGUGGUGGUCGCCGCUUCCCCUUCUCGCUUUACUCGGCGGCGGGGGCGGUCACCGCCGGACGCCGCCGCCUCGUCGCGACAUCGGCCCGCGCCACCAUCGCUCGCGUCUCCCACCAACCCCCCCCACCACCACCGACGACGACGACGACUCCCGACUCCGAGCCGUGGCAACUCAGCGCCGUCCCCUCGCCGCCACUUGGCCCGCCCGCUCGCCCGCCCGCUCGCGGCAAGUUUCCACUCGAGCACUUCGCGAAUUAAAGCCGCGCAAGUCGCCGACGACGACGCCGCCGCCGACGACGACGACGACGCAGCUAUCGCUACCGACAACGACGCCGCCGCUGCCGCCACCACAACGAACAACCACCGCCGGCCACAACCACCACGACCAUCAUCACCACCAUCAUCAUCGUCGUCGUCGUAAUCGGCGCGUCUCGCAACAAACAGUGACGACUCUCAGCGUGACGCUGGGGCGCGAUGCAGUCGUCCGACUGCGGCUCGCUGAUGGACGCGACGGCUCUGCCUCCUGACUCAACGAGAAGCAGCUGCCCGGCCGAGCUGGAGAUGGAGGUGGAGGGGGCGCAGGGAGCGGACGAGCCCGGGGCAGCGGCCGGGGGUUGCCCCGGUGUGCGGGACCAGGCCUGCCAGGCUGACCUGCGGGCCACGCGAAGCUGCGCGGAAGCGGCGGAGCUGGGGGACCCUCCUCUCGUGCAGCAGCAGCUUCACACGUCGAGGCACGGCGUCCGCCAGAUCCUCGAGUGCCUCCGCGUCGGGACGCCACGUCUCAAGCAGCUGCUGCUGUGCGAGGUGGACAUCAUCUUCGAGUGCCAACUGUGCCGCAGCCUCUUCCGGGGCCUUCCUAACCUCAUCGUGCACCGACAGAACUACUGCCACCCCUACACGUGCACAGAAGACGACACCUUUUUUGAAGAGGACAACAACAACAACAACAACCACCACCGCAACCACCGCCGGGACACCAUCCCCGAACCGGCACGGCCACAGGAGAAGCGCGUCGACUUCGUCAUCCAGCUGGACCCCAUCGCCACUAACCGCAACGCCGUCUACCAGCACGUCAUCACCUCGGACGACCCCGAGUGGGAGGCCCGCGUCGCGGCCGAGCCCGGCCGCCAGGGCCCGUCGGGCACCGCCCCCGUCGUCCCGACGGAGGCCAAGGAGGCUGGGCCCGAGCCGAAGGCGGAGGCGACGGUCGGCCCGGCCGCGGACCAGACCGCGAGCGUCCUCUCGCCGAUCUCGCUCGGCUACUCGUGCGCCGUGUGCGCCAAGAGCUUCCGGCUGCGGCGCAGCGUGCGGCGCCACAUCCGCGUGGUGCACAAGAAGCUCGCCGAGGAGGUGAACCGCUACUUCUGCCUGGACGCGGCGGCGGCGGCGGCGCUGGCGCAGGGGCAGGCGACCGCACCGCACGACCGCAAGGCCUGUCCCGUGUGCCACAAGAGCUUCGCCAACAAGGCCAACGUGCGGCGGCACUUCCACGACACGCACCACGACGCCAAGUGGGAGGUCGCGUGGAAGGAGUCGAGGUCGCCUGGCCGGGCACAGCCGUCGGCGCGCUCCUCGCUCUCGCCGCCCUGGUCGCUGACGCCCGUCAAGGUGCCGGCGCCCGCCAAGCGGCACGGAGGCGCCGGCGCCGAGAUCCUCGUGUGGAUCUGCCCGAUGUGCAACCGCAAGCACGGCUCGCUGAUUGCGAUCAAGCGCCACCUGCAGCUCUUCCACAAGCAGAACAACUUCAUGACGGAGGGCGACGAGGAGGCCGCGCCGCCUUCGGACGCCCCGACGGAAGGCGGCGACGGUGGCGGCGGCAGCGGCGGCGGCGGCGGCAUCGGAAGCGGCAGCGUCGGAGGCGUCGGAGGCGUCGGCGGGGAUCAGCCCGAAGAUUCCUCAGUCGCGGACGUCCAGGAGUCCAAGGGGAAGCCGCCGGAGCAGAAAGAGACUCCCACGAAAGCCGGCGCCAAGGACAGAGACCCGAAGGCGCAGCCGCCCCCCGACAAACUGACGCACAAAGAUAACCUGUGCACGAUUUGCGGGCAUGCAUUCCCCAGCCGGGUCGAGUACAGGAAGCACAUGUCCACGACGCACGCCGGCGACGUCAAGCCCGAGCAGAACGGCACCUGGCAGCCGGCGGAGCCGGAGACGCCCGCCAAGGGGGGCGGCGCCGAGCGGCAGCAGUCGCCCCGACAGACGGCGCCGCGGCCGGAGACCAAGGCCAAGGGGAAGCUGUUUGACCUGCGGCAGCUGUACUGCCGGCUGUGCAAGCGGCGCUUCUCGACGCGGCAGAACCUGCGCAAGCACAUCGAGAUGCACACGGACGGCGACCGCCUCUACGUCAAGUUCUUCCGCUGCCCGCUGUGCUCCUACGAGUCGCGGCGCAAGUCCGAUAUCCUGCGGCACCUCACGGUGGUGCACAAGCACACGAGCUGCUACCUGCGCCGCGUCGCCGGCAGCCUGGAGAGCCGCUCCAUCAAGAAGCCGGUCGAUGCCUUUCUCAACCGCAAAAUCCGGCGCGGGCGGCUGCCGCACAGCGCCGGUCUCCGCGUGAAAGCGGAGCCGGGGGCCGUCACCCGCACCGCGGACGGCGCCGCCAGUGGCGGCGGCGGCGGCGGCGAAUCUUCCGCAGCAUCGCCGUUGGAAAACGCCGGCACGCCAGCGUCGGUGGCCACGCCAGUCAAAGCGAAGGGCCAGGCUGCGGCGCCGACGACGCCGACGACGCCGACGACACAGACGACGGCGCUGACGGCACCAAAGGCGUCGGCGGCGCCGGCGGCGUCGGCGGCGCCAAAGACGCCAGCGGCGCAUCCAGCGAGCUCGGCUCUGCCGUACCAGUGCGACGAGUGCGGGAAGACGUACACCAAGAAGUCCUUCCUGGACAACCACAAGCUGGUACACGUGCGGAGGGGCAGGAAGGCCGGGCAGAAGACAGCGACGGCGGCGACAGAGAGGAGCAAGCGAAGCUCCUUCCCGUGCCGCAACACGCGCUCGCGCUCGGUGAACCUCAGCGACCGGCGACGGCAGCAGCAGCAGCAGCAGCAGCAGCCGCCCGCCAAGUGACGGGAGCGGCUGGCGCCAGAGGGCCGUUGCGCUCCUCCGCUCUGUCGCGGUUUUGCCGUCUGGAGGACGCCGCUUCGUUUACGUCGUCCGCUGGUGAACAAGCGGACGAUAAGCUGAACGUAAAAAUUUUUUUUUAAAGGUUCUUUUUUUUUUUUUACUACACAUCCCAUCAGCCACACCGGCCUUCUGGGAGUGCAUGAUUUUAGCAGCAUUGUUUCAACACAAGCAAACUCUGUACCGGUUUUGACAUUCAAAGUCUCAUCAGCAGUCGAAAGGGCAUGAAACAAUAGUGAUGUGCAUGUGUAGUGCGCUUGCUUAGAUCCUUCUGCAACUUCAAGCGCAAUGCAUCCCAUCUCAUCCAUCUUCAUUUCCCCUGUGGCUGUACAGCACAAGGUAUACGAGUAGGGAGGUGAUGCUGCAAUGUGGUUGUUUCCCCCCCCAAAUCGGUCACUUGCGAGUAAUUUAUCAAAUUUGGCAACUUUUUCACCACAAUGCCAAUGCUCAUGGCCUAUUCUUUUUCCGAUCACAUCAAAGGACCUUCAACGUCCACUGCGAAGCAGACCGUUGGCGUAUUUAUGGCCAUUGCACCCCAGCCGCAUUUACCAGGGCGGUCGCCUGUUUGGAAACCACGCGUGACGAUGAUUCACAACUUGAAUUACAAGUUGCGUGAAAACAAUUCGCGAGCGUCAGAUGUGUCUUAACGGAAGCUAGCAAACUGCACGAACGAGAUGGGGAGGGAGAAAAAAACGACAGAAAAUAAAAUGGGACGAAUCGCGAUGAUUCUACAAAUCUCCGCGACAAAGGGGAAUGGCUCGUCCGACGCCGAAUACAGACUGCAGCGUGUCUAUCAACAGGCCAGCGUAAUAUUCUUUGAGCAACACUCAAAGGGGGAGGAGGUUGGUGGGGGUGAGGGGCAGCGGGGCGAUGGCUUCCCUUUCCCUCCAGGAGAUUACAUUUCUCUCGAGCGGGCCACGUCACCCCCCCCCCCCCCCCCCACACCGCAUCGAGCGGGCAACGUCACCACGUCGCCCCGCGUCAUCAAGCGGACCCACGUCAUGACGUGCCGGUGGACGAAGCGACGCGAAUGACCGACCGACUGUGCGGCCUCGGUGACGGUGAGACGUGACGAUCGGGCUGCGUUCUGGAUCGGCGGGGCGCGCGUGCGCAACGGCACGCCGGUGUGACGUAGUCCACACGCCAGCGUCGUGGCACGCGCACGGUGGCACCGGCAAGAAGCUCGCCGUAAAUUCACGCAAAAAGGCCGACACGUGGUGGUAAAGUGGGGCAAUUAGGCGCCCGUGAAAAACUUUAGUGUGUCUCAGAGGCGUCGAUUUUAGCGUCGAGGAAAGAAGGCUUGUGGCAGGACACGGCCCUGGUAGGGAUGAGGGGUCCCGUGGUCGUGGCUAACGACAGAGUGGCAGCCAAAGGAGGAAAACACGCCCUGCGUGCAGGAGCAAGAUGAGCGGUUUCAUCGCAAGGUCGGAGUGGGGGAUGAUGACGGCUUGGGGAGACCUUCACUCAGCAGUGGAUAGAUCAUGGCUGUAGAAGUCAAUGAUGAAAAUUAGCGAAGCUUCAAACUCGCAUUGGACAGCAAGGGGACGCUCGCAGUGCAUGCCAGGGGUUUGGUGAUACACUUCGCCCGGCGAUUCCAUCAUCAGUCAUUAUCUACGGUUGUGAUUUUAUUCAAUAAUUGGUAAUUACUCAAUUGGGAUUACACAGAGCUUAUCAUCGCCAUCCCCCCCACUGCUCCCCCACCCCCAGCCACCUCACUACCAGCUGACUAGUGUCCGUUUGCAAGCCAGGUGCUGAGUCACUUUGUGCCGCACAGGGACAGCUGCCACUGGGGGUGCCCUUUCACAUGUGUUGAGAUGAGACGUGAGAUGUCAAGCGCCCUAGCGAGACGCCCCAGCGUAUAUGAGGGCGCUGUAUCAAAAACAAAUCAUUGUCAUCAUCCUUGUCCUCUCUCCUAUGUUCUGUCUCAUUCGUAUUGUCUGUCUUGGUUGUGCCAUUAGAAUUUGCGUAUAUAAUCGGUAUGCUUAUUAUUUGCAUAAAUUGUAAAUUAUCGAUUAGUAUACACCUGUAUAGGAAUCGAUUUUAAUUGAUGUAUUAUUACAUGCCUACUGAGUACAUAGCUACAAGAUGAGAUAUGUUUGUCUCAUUUGGUUUAAUUUUCCUUUAACUGUGAUGUACACAUACAGCCCCUUUGUCAUUCCACUGCUGGCUGAGGGCCUCCUGGUGAUGUAGCCCUCGACAAAACCAUGGAUCAGAGAAAGAUCUUCGAUAAAGAUGGAAUAUCUACUGCACUACUUAGUCCGUGGGCCAGAGAUAAAAAAAACGGUACCACCUAAGGUAGCAACACUUCAGUCCUACCGAUUUACUUAGGUGGACAAUGAGAGUGAAUUACCGGGUGACCCACCAAUUUCCAACGGGUUAUCACAUAAAUCGCUAUGAUUGGCCACAUCAAAUCAUUGGAACCACUAAAGUUACGCCACAUGUGGUGGUACCAACGACGAGUGAAAUAUCUGGUCUGGGUUGCUCAUGGACCAACCGAGCAAAUCCAGCAUCCUCACACAGUCACAUACAUCCCUUACCGUCACGGCUUUCAGCCGUGAAUGGCAGAGCAGCCUCCCAAACAUCUGACGCGGCGAUGUCAGUGUCCACGACUGGACGAAGAUCAUCUCCCUAUGCCUUUUGGGAUUUGUAACAUGGUUGCUAUUAUUAUUAUUCCGUUCAAAAGUGUUAUUGUUGUGUUUUUCUUUAAUCCUAUCGCCGCGCGAGUGCACGGAUUACGACAUUCUGUAAUCUGCCUUUGCGUCGAGGUGGCUGGCGGUCAUCGGGAGUGAGAUCAGACGGACCGCGGGGCGGUAGCGAUGGGCGGCGCCAUGCCCAGCAACGAAAUGCGCCCCCCGGGAAGGAGGAGCGUGCGAACCCCACACUUGAUCUUUUUUUCAUGAUUAAAGCAUAAUUAUCACAACGCAGUACGGACAUAAGGAAAAAUAUAUUAUCGUAACAAACCAUCAUGGUAGAGAUUACAGCACAUUACUAACUAGUUAUUGUUACAAUUUUCGGUGUGAAAUUGUACAAGGUAGUACAAGGGUUGUGUUGAACGUUUCCUCGAUAUAAAUGACAGUAACAAUCGGUGGUGUAGCAUGGUUGACGUGGGCCCUAGUGCAAGGAAUUGAAUGCGGGGCCCCCCCUCCUGUUCAAUUUACCCCCCCCCCCCCGUCUUCGAAGCCUGACGCUUGGACCCCAUCGGCUCCAUUGCAGUUGCACUGCCUGCACACUCGGUAGCUACGAAACCGAACACGGUAAUAAAAUGUGCGUUUCACAAUUAAUAUUGUGAAUGUGAUCGCAUCGCAAGACACUGAACAUAUUUGGUCAGCGCGCACACCAAGAUGAUUUGAAUGUAGAUUAUUUUUGUCGCUUUUGUAUGGGAAGGGACUGAGCGGUGGAGGAGGCCCACAAGCCAGGGAAGGGACCGUGUGGUUCGAGAUACAAAAUGAAAGCAAUUCAAAGAGAGAGAGAGAGAUGCACAAAGACGUCUGCAGAGGAGGGGAGGGGGAAUGUCUUGAGCCUGCACUUGAACAGUGGGCAGGGUCUUUGCAGCAUCGCGAGAGGCCGGAGCAAAGGAUGAAACUUUACCGCACAAACUUUGCUUUUCACCAGUAUACUUGUACAUGUAUUUCUGAAUAGCAGCUUCAAGUGUAACUUGGGCAAAUAUCUGCAAUAAAUACUGUACCCGCAAACAGCGGUGCAUAA